GGGGAGAAGCUCCGGUGUCGUCGGAACCACACUGCACAGCUGUUCAGGGACGCUUCGGGACACGACGCGCUGAGGCUCCAGCAUCAGCCUGAGCAAGACUUCACAGAUGCAGCAGAGCUGCUGGCUCCAUUCCACCAUGCUGCUCAGGGGAAAACUGUUGAGAGCAAAGCUUAAAAUCAGCUGAUGGUUGCAGGGCUAGCAGCCCUACUUCUCCUUUGAAGAUCCACUCCUGCCAAUUAGCAAGACGGAUGAGAGCCAACCAAGAUCCUUGCUCUUUAUGCCCUACUCAGGCUGUUCUUGCAAGUCAGCUGACAGGAAGAGGCAGCCUUUAUUUUCAUAUUGUACCUCCCACCCAUCAGCUGGAGGAUAUGGUGGCUCACAGACAGCUGAACUGUGUAAAGGACUUCUCUUUCCCCUCUUCAACUCUAUGAACCAGCAGUGGGAAGUGAGCUCUAAUGCAUUAGAGGUGGCAUGGGAAAAGACAAAAGGUGAAUGAAGGAAAAUUGGACUAGCAAACAAUGAAAGGUGGUAUUGUCAGUGGAAUGGAAGCAGGAUAUCUGAACAUGGUGGAAGAGCUGUGCUGCCUCCCUCACCAGCUGCCAUCUGUCAAGAUGGUGCUAUCGGCCUGCCGGGGGGUGCUGCCCCUGGCUACCCUAGCACUGCUCCUGCUUGUCUGCUUGGCUCCCGAUGGUUCAAGAGGGAAUAAACUUAAGCUGAUGCUUCAAAAACGCAAAGCUCUGGCACCAGCUAAGACAGAGGUGUCAGUAAAAGAAAACAUGGCCAAGGAGUUCUUAAGCAGCCUGAAACGCCAGAAGCGCCAACUGUGGGACAGGACUCAACCCGAUGUGCAGCAGUGGUAUCAGCAAUUCCUCUACUUGGGGUUUGAUGAAGCCAAAUUUGAAGAUGACGUCUCCUACUGGACAAACCUGCGACGUGGUGGCAAUGAAUAUUAUGGAGGCUACUACCAGAACCAUUUUGAUGAAGAUGCACCUAUUGGGCCCCGAAACCCACAUACCUUCAGGCAUGGAGCAAAUGUCAACUAUGAUGAUUAUUAACCUCAUUUAUUCUACUGUAACUAAGAAUUGUAUGUCUGUAUCGGAUUGAGCUAAGCCCUACCCUCACUAACUCACAUUCUCUCUCUCCCUCUACUUUUUAUAGUAUCCAUUUAUUAUAAACAGGGAGAAGAAAGAAACUGUCUUAGCACAGAAGCCUAUUUGGAAUGGGCUUCUAUAAUUACUUAAUAGUACACUACGUAUAAGUGUUAGAAUUAAAGUCUUUUGGUAAAAGACUUUCCAUUUUUCCAUUUCUCCAUUUCUUGGGUAGAGUUUGCAAUAGCUGACCAUUUCAAAGCACUGCAUUAUUAGAGAUUACAUUUUCAAGGGCUUUUUACUCAUUCUUAAAAACUGAUUGUCUAAUUCCAUGAUUUCACCCAAUUUUGGUGUAUUUUAUAAGACAAUGCGUUUCAAUGUGCUCAGUUAUUUAGGUCUGUGUCAAUACAGUAAAUAAAUCCCACACUUUUAGAGGAAAAACUGUUUCCUCAAAUUUAAACAUCUUUGUGGGUCCUUUCCCUACAUUUCCAUUUUCAGCAUGCUC